AUGAUUGAAUUCAAACUUUUCAUUUCUCUUCUUGUCAUUGGCUAUGCUUCUGCUAACUUUUGCACUGAUGACUCCGGCUAUUGGCUGAGUUCUGUGGCUCAAGGAGUCACUGAUUUUUCGUAUGGAGGAUCCAGAUUGAAUUCCAAAUACUAUUGUUUUGAGGGGUGUUUGAAUACCGGAACUGCUCUUCAAAAUUAUAAAAUUGAUCUUUCGGGAAAUAAUGGAACUAAACUGGAAAGAAAUAGAUCAGUCAAGGAUAUUAGUGCUCAUCAUGCUAAGUUUGAUGUUUUGAGACAAGAUGUGAAGAAUGCUCUUCAGAAGGCCACACAGAAUAGUUGCAAGAACAUUGUGAACACGCUUGUCCUCAACUUGAAUCGCCCCGGAUGGGCAAUAACUUGUAUUCGAUACAACGACUUCGCUAUUGAUGAUUCGGUUUCUGACAUGAACUUCUGCAGUUACGAUGCUGGGCAAUUCCAGGAUUAUUAUACAAUUCGCCUCGCUAAACUUGAUAUGUCUUGA